AUGGCACUUGCGGCGUUGAUGACGUAUAAGUGUGCGCUUGUGGAUGUACCAUUCGGUGGUGCCAAGGGCGGCAUUCAACUGGAUAGACGCGAAUAUUCAGAAAGUGAAUUGGAGCGCAUCACCCGCCGUUAUACUUAUGAAUUAAUCCAGAAGAAUUACAUCGGACCCGGAAUAGAUGUGCCAGCACCGGAUUUCGGAACUGGUGAGACCGAAAUGACGUGGAUCCUGGAUACUUAUCUCACAAUGGCACCUGACAAGCUGAAUGCUACUGCGUGCGUAACAGGCAAGCCGAUCGAACAAAACGGGAUUCAUGGGCGGAGAGGGGCUACCGGACGUGGUGCUGUCUUCGGUUUACAAGAAGUAUGCAGUUUCGCAGAGGACAUGAAACCACUUGGGCUAUCCCCCGGUUUACACGGAAAAAACGUCAUUGUCCAAGGUUUCGGUAAUGUCGGGUACCAUGCCGCCAAGUUCCUGAUGGAGGCGGAUGCACGCAUCAUUGGGAUUAUUGAGCGAGAUGGUGGCAUCUAUGAUCCACAGGGAUUUGACAUCGAAAAAGUUGCCAUGUAUCGUGAAGAAACUGGAUCCAUCCAAGGGUAUCCGACUGCUAAAAUUAUUGAGAAUCCGAACGAUGGUUUGGAGUUGGAGUGCGAUAUCCUCGUGCCAGCCGCGCUUGAGAAUCAACUUACAGCAGAAAACGCGCCCCGAAUCAAAGCCGCGAUUGUUGCUGAAGCCGCGAAUGGACCUACAACUCCGGGUGCCGAUGCAAUCCUCCAAGAACGAGGGAUUAUGAUUAUACCGGACACUUUCCUCAACGCUGGUGGCGUCACCGUUUCGUAUUUCGAGUGGCUUCGGAAUCUGUCGCACGUACAAUUUGGGAGGCUCGGGAAACGUUUCGAGGAUCAAACCCAACACGCCAUGCGCCGUACUAUUGAGAAAGCGACUGGCUAUACAUUUUCAGACGAUGAACGUGGGUUAAUACAUGGUGCCGAUGAGGAAGAUUUGGUGAACUCUGGUCUUCAGGAUACGAUGAUAAAUGCCUAUCAGGAGAUGCGUGAAACCCGCACACAGCAUAGAGAUAAAAACAAUGCCAUAGAUUACCGAACGGCUGCGUUUAUCAAUGCCAUCCAUAGAAUUGCGAAAUCCUAUAUGCAGCUGGGUAUUUUCCCUUAA